AGCGACACUUGCCCGACAAGUCGACCUCGAGCAUGGUGAAGCUGCGCGGCUACGACUUCUACCGCGCCAUCGGCUCCCCGAAGCGCAUCGUGGCGCCCAUGGUGGACCAGUCGGAGCUGGCGUUCCGCAUGCUGUGCCGCAAGCUCGGCGCCGACUGCUGCUACACGCCCAUGCUGCACAGCCGCCUGUUCGCCGAGAGCGCCGAGUACCGCGAGAAGAUGUUCGAGCGCCACAUCCAGGACCGGCCGCUGGUCGUGCAGUUCUGCGGCAACGACCCCAAGACGGUGCUGGCGGCCGCCAAGAUGGUGGAGGGCCACUGCGACGCCGUGGACCUCAACCUCGGCUGCCCGCAGGGCAUCGCCCGCAAGGGCAACUACGGCUCCUUCCUCAUGCACGACAAGGACACGGUCCAGGCCAUCGUCGAGACGCUGAGCGCCAACCUCAACGUGCCCGUGACGGUCAAGAUCCGCGUCUUCCCGGACGACAACGAGACGCUCGAGUUCGCCGACAUGCUGCAGAAGGCCGGCUGCGAUCUGCUCACGGUGCACGGCCGCACCAAGGAGAUGAACAAGACGGCGGUGCGGGAGGUGGACUGGGACAUCAUCCGCCGCAUCAAGGAGCGGCUGACGAUCCCUGUGAUCGCCAACGGAGGCAUCGAAACACACGAGGACAUCGCGCGCUGCAUGGAGGCCACGGGCUGUGACGGCGUCAUGAGCUCCGAAGGGCUGCUGGAGAACCCAGCGCUCUUCGCCGACACAAACAACAAACCUGGCGAGGACACGUCCUUCCUGGCACUGGCCAGGCAGUACCUUGAGUGCGCGACGCUGUACCCGCCUGCGAGCGACAAGAUCGUCCGUGCGCACCUCUUCAAGAUCCUGUUCCAGGACCUGCGCGUGCACUCAGAUCUGCGCGAUGCGCUGGCCAACGCCAAGUCUCAAGACGAGAUGGUCGACAUUGUUGAGGAGCUGGCCGUGCGACUGAAAGAAGCAGAGAGCGGCAACGCGGGACCGGAGACAAAGAAGGUGGAGUACGCUGCCGAGACGAGCUGGUACCGCCGCCACCGACAGGGGCAGGAGAAACUUCGCCGCCGUGACUCGUACGAGAAGUGCCUCGACACAGGUUUCGGCAGUCUGUUCGCGUAAGCAGCGCUGGUUGAGACUCCGUGCUGCACAGAGCUCACUUUGCUUACAAAUAGAGUCUAUUUGAUCCUU